AUGAUGGAACACGCUGGACUGGGAAAGAGCUACUGGGGUGAAGCAGUGAUGACGGCGAUGUUUCUUCGAAACCGCUGUCCAACACGUGCCAUUCACCAAGACAAGUCUCCAUAUCAAGUGUGGACGAUGAAGAAACCGAUUCUGGCCAACCUUAAAGUGUUUGGAUGCCACGCGUAUGUUCAAGUGCCUCAAGACAAACGCGCGAAGUUCGACUCCAAGUCAUCACUCUGUCGUUUCCUGGGAUACGCCGAACACCAGAAGUCAUAUCGAUUUGAGGAAGUGUCAACAGGAGCGAUCAAGAUCAGUCGCGAUGCCACAUUCAUGGAAGACAAGUUUGAUGAAGGUCCGCGCAACUACAACGAUGAGUCAAGUGUCGUUGAGUUUGAUGAUCAUGAUGAGGACGAAGAAAAAGAAGAAGGUAAAACUGACGACGACAUGGACUCGAGCGACGAUGACAACGAAGACACCAGGUCUUCGAAGAGCAACAUCAAGAGACACACGCGCACUCAAUCACUUGAGAAAGCUACCGUCAUUCCAAGUCCCAAGCGAAGAACGUACAGAGGUCCGUCGCUUGAGCAUGUGUCAGCGGCUGCAAUGGAUUUUGAAGCAGCCUACAUCGUUGAUUCAGUGGGGGAAACGCCGACUACAUUCAAGUCGGCGAUGGAAUCAAGCGACUCCGGCAAGUGGAAAGAAGCGUGCGACUCGGAGUUCGACUCGCUUCAGAGAAACGACACGUGGGAAAUCGUGCCUCUUCCGAAAGGUCGCAAGGCCAUCGGGUGCCGAUGGGUUUUUCGUGUAAAGGAGAAUCAAGAUGGCGAAGUUGAAAUUUUCAAGGCAAGACUUGUGGCCAAACGAUUCUCACAGAAAUUCGGAGUUGACUAUGAAGAAACUUUCGCACCGGUGGCCAAGUUCACAUCGAUUCGUGUGGUGCUCAGUAUGGCGGCCAAGUACGGCCUAAUGCUACAUCAGAUGGACGUCAAGACAGCGUUUCUUAACGGCUCCCUCAACGAAGACAUCUACAUGGACCAGCCGGACGGAUACCUGGAUGCAACACAGCCGGACUAUGUGUGCAAGCUAAAGAGAUCACUCUACGGCUUGAAGCAAUCGCCUCGCAUGUGGAACCAAACAAUCGAUGGGUUCAUGAUCAAGAUGGGAUUCAAGAAGUGCGAAUCGGACCACUGCAUCUACAUCAAGCGAGACGACCAAGACAUGAUUCUCGUGGUGCUCUACGUCGAUGAUCUCAUCCUGGCCAGCAGCAACAACGAACUCCUCAAGUCGACCAAGAUGGCGCUGAGCAAACGCUUCGAAAUGACGGAUCUCGGUGAGCUCGAUUACUUUCUCGGCAUGGAGAUCAAGAACGACCGUAAGACGGGAAUGGUGACUGUGCAACAAACCAAGUUUCUCAAGUCCGUGUUGACCAAGUUCGGAAUGGAUAACAGCAAGCCAGUGAAGACGCCUCAAGAUCCCGGCCUGAAGCUAACCAAGAACAUGUGUGAACAAGAAUGCAAGCACGAAGACACCAUGUGCAACGUGCCAUAUCGAAGUGCUGUCGGAGGCAUCAUGUAUCUCAUGGUCGCCACACGUCCGGAUCUAGCUGCUGCAGUGGGAUCAUUAUCCCAGUUCUCGUCCGACCCAUGCCCGACUCACUGGCAAGCUUUGAAGCGUGUGCUGAGAUACCUGCAAGCAACGCCCAAUCAUGGUCUUGAGUUUACACGUGAAGAAGGAAGCCGUAUCUGCGGGUACACCGACGCAGACUGGGCCGGCGACAUUGAGUCAAGACGAAGUACAAGCGGCUAUGUGUUCAUGAUGAACGGAGGAUGCAUCAGCUGGAAAAGCCAGAAACAACGGACGGUCGCGCUAUCUUCAACAGAAGCAGAAUACAUGGCGCUUUCCGAAGCAACCAAAGAAGCAGUAUGGCUCAAGGUGCUUUUGGGGGAACUUGGUGAGAUGACAAGCGACGAAGCGAUCAAGAUGUAUGAAGACAACCAAGGAUCAAUCGCUCUCGCCAAGAACCCGGAGUUCCAUAAGAGAACAAAACACAUCGACAUACGCUACCAUUUUGUGCGUGAGAAGGUGGAAUCAGGUGAAGUCGUUUUGGAGUAUUGCCCGACUCAAGAUAUGCUGGCAGACAUGAUGACCAAGCUGAUCGCCGCUGCACAAUUUGAAAACAUUCGCGAUCGACUUGGGAUCCAAGGUGCCGCAGCUAACGAGUCGAGAGGGAGUGUUGAAAAGACAGCGGCUGUGAAGAAGACACCUCGUCAAGCUGCGUCAAGUGUUGAAGCAAGUGGAAGACCAAGCUUCGCUAUACCGGUGGGUACCGGUAUGUACCAGUAA